AAAGUCGCGGUGGUUAAAGGGGGUUCGAAGCACAAAAAAGAAAGAAGACGAGCUUGGAGAAAGGUGUGGUUGGCUGACACAAGCGGGAGGGAGAUUUACUAGGAAGGAAGAUUGAGAAGGGAGCGAUAAAGAAGUGGGGAGAGUUGGAGAAGAGGGUUACAAGGCAAGGUAUGAAUUCUUAUUUCGCAAACCCGUCGCUCUCCUGCCACUUAUCCGGCGGCCAAGAGGUUCUGCCUAACGUGCCCAUCAACUCCAGCACCUAUGACACAGUCAGACAUUUCUCGUCGUACGGUGCCGCUGUGACCCAGAACCAUCGGAUAUACGCACCUUUCUACUCCCCUCAAGACAACGUGGUGUUCGGCUCUGGCCGGGCUCAGUAUGACUAUGGAUCAAACGUGUUCCUGCAGGACAAGGACGUGCUGCCCAGUUGCAGGCAAACAAACAUGGGACUGAACACAACACAGAGCCACAUUGGCCAAGACUACACUUUGGAGCAGGGCAGGGCGGCCCAGGAGCAGAAGAGCAACAUCCCGAUCUACCCGUGGAUGCAGCGCAUGAACUCACACAGCGCAGGAGUGGGCUAUGGGACAGACAGACGCAGGGGACGUCAGAUCUACUCCCGCUACCAAACUCUCGAGCUGGAGAAGGAGUUCCACUUCAACCGCUACCUGACCAGGCGCAGACGCAUAGAGAUCGCCAACGCGCUUUGCCUGACCGAGCGCCAGAUCAAGAUCUGGUUCCAGAACCGGCGCAUGAAGUGGAAGAAGGAGAGCAACCUGUCCUCCACGGUGGCCGGAGGAGAUUCCACGGGCGCCACGCAAGACGAGGAACGCGGUGCGAGUAGCGGCGCAGUGGAAGAAUGCAAAGAAGAGGAUGACAAGAAGAAGGAAUAGCUGAAGAGACAUAAAAAAUAGAACCCCAACAUUACUACCUAAAAAUGGAGCUGAAAGGGACGACACUGCAUGUCAACUCCCCCCUCGUCAAUGUCAUACCACAGGGGUGUUGAGCUUUACAAAAAAAAAAUCCAAAUAAUUUCAGCCACAUUAUGAAUCCUUUGACUCUCAUGGAUCACACUUAUGUUGUUAUUUUUUUUUACCUUGUCAGUGCCACAUUUGUAUUGUGCAAAUAAUAAAAAAACCCCGAAGUAUUAAUUCCUACGUUAUUUCCAGUGCCAGUAUAAACUAUUUAUCCCACAUGCAGCCCAUGCACCACUGUGAAGUCUCUUCUCACCAAAUACAGUGUUAUGUUAGUCUAUACAUUCCACGGAAGGAAGGAAUUGGACCUUUAAUUUGGUCAAAGUGUAAUUUACUACUUGAAUAUGUAUAUGAAUAUAUAAAUAGCUCUUGCAGAAACUUGAGAAUUGCACGACUAGACAGCAGUACACACUCAUAUAUACAUACAUAUAUAUAUAUAUAAAGAUAAAGAUGUGCCUGUAAAUAGGCCAGUCACACUAACAUUAUAUUAUGCAAAUCAUCUCCCAAUUGAUGUGCAUUUAUCUGCUUUGAUAGACAACGCAUAACACCAAGUUACGCUUAAGUCCCCUCUUCCCUUUAUUUUGACUAUUUGACACAUAUUCCUUGCGAAAUAAAUUUG